AGUUGCAGAUAAAGCAAAAGUGAAUUGAGAGAGAGAGGGGGAAACAAAAACAUGUAAGAGAACGGAGAAGAGAAACUGUGUGUUGUGGUCUUGAGUGAUAUAUAUAUAUAUAUAUAUAUAUAUAGAGAGAGAGAGAGAGAGAGAGAGAGAGUGUAAUUACGAUACUCGCCUGAAAAUGAUGACCGGAAUGGUACACGACCAGAAUCUGGAGAAGCAGAUAGAGAAACAGAUGGGUUGUAUGUCUGGUUUUCUCCAGCUCUUCGAUCGCCACCAGAUGAUGACCGGAAAACGAUUGUAUGCCACCAAGAGACUGCCUCCGACGGUGGCGACUGAUUCUACGUCAGAGUCGGAGAAGUCCGUUGGAUCUCCGGCGAUUUCGAGAGAGCUUGAAAAACCGCAGCAAACGAGAGCAAUGACUGCACCUAGUCCAGACCGAUUGAAACCGUCGCCGGUGAUGGAGCUCCGAUCGCCGGUGAAGGAGAUUCAGACUCCUGCGGAGAUUCCGGCGAAAUCACCGCUUCCUCUUCCGGUAUUCGAAUUGAAGGAAGGAACGAGGUCUUCGUGGAAGUUCUGCAAAGAAGCUCCGAGACUUUCUCUUGACAGCAGAGCCACUGUGGACGCGAAGGGAGGGCUUUACCCGAGGGAGAUCCGAACAAACGCUGCGAUUCUAUCAGCGAAUCGAUGCGACAACUCCGGAGAUGCAUCCGGCGGUGACGGCGACGACAAGCACCGCCGGUCGCCGAGCGUCAUCGCCAGACUCAUGGGACUCGAACCGUUGCCGCAGCAUUCAGAUCCAGAACCGGUGAAGAAAGCCGAGCUGCGAAGAUCUGCGUCGGAGUCCAGAGUUUCAAGAGAUUUGUUUCAGUCUCGCUUCAUCGACGGUAACAAUUACCAGCUAAAGCAAACGAACCACUCGCAUUCUCUUUCCAAGUUACCAAACAAUGCGACAACAAUGGAAAACAACGCAACCAAAUCGAAUGUCAGGCUCGUAGAUCCAAUGGAGUACUCUUCCAAAAAUGCCAAGUCUGUUUCAGCAAAGGCCUCGCACAGAGGCGCGGUUGGAUCGCCAUGGAAGUCACAUCAGCAACGAAAGAGCUUCUUCGAUUCAGAGGACUUCUUCCCGGAGCCAAAGCAACCGGUCUCAAUCUACGGAGAGAUUGAGAGGAGGUUGAAGAUGAGAGGAAUCGAUGAGCCAUCCAAGGAUCUAGACACCUUAAAGCAAAUCCUCGAAGCUCUGCAACUCAAAGGGCUUCUACAUUCUAAGAAGCCUAUGCCUACAGAACAAAUCAGCCGCAGAAACUUCGUGUACGAUCCUCGGAAUUUCUCAUCCGACGAAUCUUCAAUUGUCGUGAUAAGGCCAUCAAGAUCACCAAUUAACAGAAGAUUCGGGAACGAAUCGCCUCCUUCCAGUUACAGAUGCAGAGCCGGUGUUCGCCGGAAUGUUAACCUCGCCGGAGAAAGCCUAAGUCCGCAGCGAAAUCGGCCGGACAUUGAUCGGAGUUUGCAGAAUCAACCGACACCUAGAAAUUCUUGCUCGCCGACUCGGAGCGAGAGUAAUGCGAAGGGUCCAAAUUCUCCUCUCAGAAGAAAACCAUUGAACGUUGAAACACAGAGGAAGCCAAACGAGUCUGUAGAACAGCAACGAAGAGUCUCUCAGCUUCAUUCCCCAAAACUUAGCCCUAGAAGAAGCGUAUCAAAUCAGACGAACACAAGCCAAUCACCAAGACACAAGAAACCAACGGCUGAGAUUCAUCAUCCAAAGGAGAAGCUUGCUAUUGUGACAGAGGAUGAAUCAUCCUCUGUUUCCGAGAGCAGUGCUGAUACAGAGAGAUCGAAAAUGGAGGAAUACAAAGAAGGGAGGAGUUUAUUGGAGAGAUGUGAUAAGCUUCUUCACAGCAUUGCCGAAAUGACGGCGACCGAGUUGCAACCGAGUCCGGUAUCGGUGCUCGACUCGUCGUUUUACAAGGACGAGUCGUCGUCUUCUCCAUCGCCUGUCAUGAAACGCAGCAUUGAUUUCAAAGAUCAAGCAGGGGAGUGGGAAGAGGAGGUCUGGAGCCCGGCAAUCUCACCCGUUGGAUCAAAAUCCGAUGAGAAAUCAGACGACUGUGAUUUCGUAUACAUCUCAGAGAUCCUUCGUGCUUCCAAUUACCUUCCUGAAGACGCAGACGUCUUUCUACUAGUAGAGAAGCAACAGUGUCUCAAAGGAAAGGACACUUCCCCAGUCUCCAGACUCCAAAGGAGGCUAAUUUUCGACACAAUCAAUGAAAUUGUUGAACGGAACAGCCAGUUGCCGCCAUGGAAAGCCCUCUCGUGGGCAAAUUCCGGCACCAGAAAGCCUAGUUUGAAUCAAAUAUGGUCCGAAUUCCAGAGAAUCCGCGAACGUGACAGUGCGGAAGAAUUGUUUGAGAUCAUAUGCGGGGUGCUGCGGAAGGACCUAGCCGGAGACGGAGUCAACGGAUGGGGAGAUUGUCCGGUGGAGAUGUCCGAGGCGGUGUUGGACAUCGAACGGCUGAUAUUCAAGGAUCUGGUGGGCGAAACAAUCCGGGAUCUCGCGGCUUUUGCCGGGAAAAGCAUGGUCGCUGUGCCGCGUAGGAAGUUGGUUUUCUAAAACAGGGGGAGGGAGAUUAAGGGUUAUCUUUGGCGCGCUUUCUUUUUUUUUUUAAAAAAAAAUGUUAUGUUUUUUCUCACUUUUUUUUUUAAUUAAAAGAAAAAUGGGAAAUGUAGGGGAAUCGAAGGUGACUUUUGAAGAUCCAUAAAAGUUGGGAUUGGAAAAUAUUUAUGCAGUGUAUGUGAGAUUGGAAGCACUAAAUUAUAGUGUUGUCAAUCAAGUAAAAUAUUGGAAAAAGAUGAAAGUGACUAAAUUUGGGGCA